CUUCAGCUGGAGGAAAAACUACGUCAAUCAACAGUAUAUUUACAGAUCAGAAGUAAGUCUACAACUUUAAAGACAAGCAGAUUGUGAAUUCUAUAUAACGUUGUACCUAGAACAAAAGCUUCCAAAAACUGAUGAAUUAUGGGCAACCACAGUUCCAGUGGUCAAGAUGAGGAGACUACAGACUGGGAUGUACCAGAAAAUGCAACCUGUGAAAAUAAAGUAGACGUGGGUCUGAUCAUACAUUAUUCACUUAUCCCCUCGGUUAUUAUCAUUUUGAUAUUGUCCUUCCUUGAAAAACACAAACACAGAAAUAAAAUAGAUGACAAAUUAAAAUGUCUUCAUCAACGAUUUGGAUUUGUUGCUCCUUUAGAUCUUAUUGGGGCAUUCAAUGAUCGAUGGACCUACGGCUUUGCAAUUGGAGCUAUUGCUAAUACAAUUAUUGUAUUAUUUAAAAAGGAAUUUUUGCCGACGGGGGUCCCUGCCUGGGCAAAAGGACUUGCCCUUUUAGCUGGAGCAAUAGAAGUUGGACUAUCCUAUUUCCCUAUUUUUGCCUGUUUUAACACAGAUAAUAAAAUAUUUGGAUCUGUCAUAGGAUUUUUCUAUACGCUCUUUUGGUUUGCAGUCCAACUGGCAGACGUUAUCAUUUGCCCUCAUAGCACCGAUCUAAAGCAAUACGAAAGAGUAAUUUCCAAUUGGCCAUCCAUGCUAUGUAUGCUAUUCUUGGUGUGCCGAUUUGUUCACAUAUUUAUUUGCAGAAAAAAGAUAGAAGGUGACUACGAGGACAACAAUCUCAUACUACAUGCACAUCAGGCUGACCAUGUCAAGAGACUUUUGAGGAAGCCUAUAGAAAAACAUAAAAACUGGCUUACAAGAAAAAUCUACAACUGGGAUCCGUGUUUUAAAUUCCCAAACAGAAUAAUUGGCACAGCAGUGUUGACCGUCUUCUGUAUGUACAUUUUUGUUUUUGCAGAAUACAACGUCUUUAAAUUGUUUCUACAAUUACUAAAAUAUUUAGAACAAUUCUUAGUGGCAGGUGCUAUGGAAAUAUCUAUCGAUGAUAUCAUUAAUAAAAUUGAAGGUGUUUGGUAUUCCACAACAGCCAUUUCAUGUUUGAUAUCUGUCACCUAUGUUUUUCAUAUAUUAGCCUGCUACAGGAAGCAACUAAAGAGGCUUUGGGCAGGAAAAAAAAAGUUUCUCCCUGUGAAGUUUCAUAAGCCUAUAUCUGCUCAAUGUAUUCUUGCAAUAACAAGAUAUUCCAGCUGGCAAGUUGCUUAUAUUUUAUGGGGUUACACAAUAAUUCAUCUCAUGCUAGUACUUGUUGGAAUCGGUUUUGUAGUGAUUGUUUAUUUAAUACAGUAUGGUCUUUUUUGGGAUAUCCUGAAGUACAUUCUAAUUACUUGGUUAGUUCCGUUUGCAGUCAUCUUCAUAUUGGUGUUUUUGCAAAUUCAACUUGCUAGAAUAUUUUUCCUGCAGGAUAAAAUGACCCCUGAUGAUCAACAGAAACCAUUAGCUCUGAACAACAGGAAAGCUUUCCAAAACUUUAAUUAUUUCCUCUUCUUUUACAAUGUGAUUGUUGGUCUGGGUGCUUGUUUAUCUCGACUGUUGCGUAGUUUGCUUUUUGGAACCUUGUUAAUAGCAAGAAUAGACAGGACAAUACUGCCACCAGGAUUUGAACAAAUGGAUGCAGGAUACCUUACAUGGAUUGGAAUGUUAUACGUGGAUCACUAUCACAGUAACCCCGUUCUCUUAGGUUUUUGUCAUGUGCUUUUUAGAACAAGGGUUAAGAAAGAACCCUCCAAAGUUGAUACUAUUAGCAACUUAAAAGAACAUCGAACAUCAGUACGUGCCAAGACUAGAUGGUUUCUAUUCUACACACUUCUAAGAAAUCCCAGUAUUAUCAAAUAUAGGAAACAAUUCCAGAAGACUGGAGCUGGUGUAUACUUCCUUGAGUAAAAGAUGUGGAAAUGUGUUGAGCGUUCCAAAAACCAGCUGGACAACAGUGGUAUUGGCAUAUUGUAAACAUUUCUUCAUAGAUUUCUCUUCUUUUUUUUUUUUUUUUAAGCAAAAUUGCUAUAGGUUAUAUGUUAUGACUUACAAAAGCCUACAUUAGAGAACAUUUGAAGACCUCUAUAACAAUUCACCAUCAGCAAGUAGAAUGUGAAAAUGAUUCUCAUCCAGUAACUGGAAUGUAUUUCUAUUGUGGAUCCGUGGCACUUGAACUGAUCACCACACUGUUAAAAUGAUCUAAUUUGCCAGUAGGUAUUUGUUCCUGUAUACUGUAAGGCAAUGCACUGACAAAGAAUCUUGUCAAUGACCUGUUCUUGUAAAUCCCGAAAAGAAUGUAAACCAAAAUCAAUGAUCCGAAAACAAAUAGACGUCACCUACAUUUGGUCAGGACUAUGGAUAUUAGAAGAGAAUAUGCUUCUUACCGGGAAAAUAAAAACAAACAUAAUUUCUAAACAGAUUAUAAACAGAUAUUUUUUUUUUAUCUUCAUCAUAAUAUUGUAUACUACUUGAACAUUGAAGGAGUUUUGUUUAUACAGUUUUGCUGAAUUGUGUAUGUAUUAUAAAAUAGAUUAACUUUAAAGUUGGUCUAUGCAUUUCCAGACUUCAAUAAUAAUAUAGGUGUUGAUUACAAAUAAAGAAAGAUAGAUAACGUGUUAAAUACAA